GGGGUUGGGGUCACCGCGCUUGAAUGGACCGCGUAGCUCCCAUCAUCCUCACGCGCGCCUCCGCUCCAUUUCAGUAGUAACAUUCACCUCCCCCCCUCGGCUCCCCGUCGCUCUCGCCUCUCCUCCGCGCUCCCAUCCCUUUCCAACGUCCCAUCUCCAUCCACCCCAAGAUCUCCUUUAACCCCUCCGGGUGCGCGUCCACUGAUCACUCACUCGUCAGCGGGAUCGCGCGCCGAUAGAGCUAGCUUUGCUCGCUCUCGCGGCCGCUGCUGCAUAUGGAUUCCUCCGGCCCCGGCCCGUCAUCCUCGGUCGUCGGCGGCGGCAGCGCGCCGGAUGUUGCGCCGAAGCCGCCUGCUCAGCUGAGCAGGUAUGAAGCGCAGAAGCGCAGGGACUGGAACACGUUCCUGCAGUACCUGCGGAACCACAAGCCGCCGCUGACGCUGGCGCGGUGCAGCGGCGCGCACGUGAUCGAGUUCCUCAGGUACCUGGACCAGUUUGGCAAGACCAAGGUGCACGUCGCCGGCUGCGCCUACUACGGCCAGCCCAGCCCGCCGGCGCCGUGUCCGUGCCCGCUGCGCCAGGCGUGGGGGUCCCUCGACGCGCUCAUCGGCCGCCUGCGCGCUGCCUACGAGGAGAGCGGCGGCGCGCCGGAGUCAAACCCCUUCGCCGCGCGCGCCGUCCGGAUCUACCUGCGCGAGGUGCGCGACUCGCACGCCAAGGCGCGCGGGAUCCCGCACGAAAAGAAGAAACGGAAGCGCGCGCCGCAGGCCGCUGAGGCAUCUGGUUCAUCGGCUGGCGCCGGAGCAGUCUUCGACAGGGACGUCGAGGGUAGCGCCGGCGAUGGUACUCUUGCUGCGUCCGCCGCGCAGGUUGGAGCUGGAGACGGCGGCAGUACUGCACCGAGCAUCCCUUGAGUAUAGUAGACUUGCAAACCUUGUCUAUUAGUUUGUUUAUCGUCUCCGGCAUAGGCAUAGCAAGAUUUGAGCAUUUCCUUUGGUAUGCUUUGUUGCCUAUAUUACCUCUAAAUUUGCUGUCCAUUUUCAGAUUAAUUAGAUUAUUAAUAAGUACUAUUACAGGGCGUCGUCCUAGUAGUGUUCUAGGGGAAGUGAAUUAGUUGGCACAGCUAAUUGUUCAUUAUCCCAUACAUAUCCUGGUAAUUCAAAAAAUUGAGAUUUGUGAUCAUAUUAGUUACUUCUUAUGCUACA